AUGGAGUAUAAAUAUAUAUUAAUAUUAAUAGUUAUAGUUUAUUUACCAGUACUAAUUACAGGUCAAUAUACUAUGAGAGGAGUUCCUGGAAGUUAUGCAGUGUUAGGUGAAAAUUAUACAUUACAAUGUGAUGUUACAGAUUCACCUAGUCUUGUAGAUUUCCGUAGAAACAAUAUUGUUGUAUGUAAUAUGAUAAACUGUGGGAGUAGUUCAGAUAAUAGAUAUAAAUGUGGAUGUAUAAAUAAUAACAACAAACAACUAUAUCUCAAUAUAAGUAAUAUAAAUAAACAAGAUGGUACAACAUGGUCUUGUAGAGGUAGUUCUGGUAGACAAGGGUCAACUUCUGUACCAGUUUAUUAUCCACCUGAUAUUACCAGUAUAACAUCUGAUGUUGUAAAUAACACAGCUGAUGAAGGUUCUGAUGUUAUAUUCAACUGUAAUGUUGAUAGUAAACCAGUAUCUACUAUAACCUGGUCAUCUUCUACUAGUACUAAUACUAACACUCAGUCUGGUCAACAGUGGACAUUAACUCAAGCUAAAUGUCAGGAUACAGGAAUCUAUACUUGUACAGCUAAUAAUGGUAUUGGUCAAUCAACUACUAAAUCCUUACCAUUAAUUAUUAGAUGUUCACCAAGAAUUAAUGGUGAUUUAAAAGAUGAAGUAAUAAAUGGACUAGGUGAAGAAGUUACAUUACUUAUUGAUGUUAUAGCCUAUCCUAAACCUAGUUUUAAAUGGAUACAAGAAUCAACAGGACUAGAAUUAACACCAGAUACAACUCAACAAGUAGCUACCAAUAAUUAUAUUUCAAGUUUAACAGUCACAAUACAACAAUCAUCAUUUGAUAACUACAUUGUAACUGUUAAUAAUGGUAUAGGUGGUGAUAAAAGUUAUACUAUAAAGAUUAUUGAUGGUGAUCCUGAAACAAAACCGGUUUCUGUUGAACAAUCUGGAUAUCAGGAAGGUUUAGCCACUGGUAUUGGAAUUGGUAUUGGAAUUGGUAUUGGAAUAUCUCUUGUUUGUGUAUUCCUUGUUUUACUGACAAUAUUUAUAUAUAGAAAAUAUCAUCCAGCCAAUAAGAAAUUACCAGAAGAAAGUUAUGCAACGUUUUCAAAUACAAAUCCGGAAGAGAGAACAUAUGAAGAUUUAAAUACCCGUCCUGAAGUUAAUGAAAACAAUCAACAUUCUGGAGAUGCAAAAGAAUAUGAAAAUAUGAGAAGAAAUUAA